GUUUCGUUUAGUUUUUUGCUUUCGGUGUGGCGGUCAUAUCGUUCGGUCGUACGAGCGAUCGUGAUUUAACUUACGUUUUAUGUAUCUUUGAGGGAAGCGAAAUGAUGCGAUUCGAUUUACGGUUACCGUUUGCUUUCACUGUUGUGGUAUUAUUUACAUGUAAUGUGAACAGUGAAAAGAGGCCACUAGUGAGCACUCCGCUGGGAGACAUUGAAGGAUAUUAUAUGAAAACUCGGGAAGGAAAAGAGAUCUCAGCAUUCACAUCCAUUCCAUUUGCAGUACCUCCUCUCAAAGAUCUAAGGUUUCAGGCUCCUGUACCAGUGCAGCCAUGGGAAGGAGUUUUGGAUGGGUCGAAAACCACCCCUGCGUGCGUCCAGAGGAACCCCUAUGUUCGCCAGAAAGAGAUCGUGGGCCAGGAAGACUGCCUAUACCUGAAUAUCUAUACACCAUACAAUAACAAUGAUUUGAUCCACGAAAACAAUCUUCUACCUGUUAUGGUAUUUAUUCAUGGGGGCGGUUGGAUGUGUGGUGACUCAAGUACUUAUAUGUAUGGACCGCAAUACCUGUUGGAUAACGAUGUUCUUCUCGUAACCAUCAAUUACAGACUGGGUCCCUUGGGCUUUCUGUCGACCCUGGACGAACACUGCCCGGGCAAUAACGGCCUCAAGGAUCAACAGGAAGCAUUGAGAUUCAUCCAAAAAACUAUAGAGAGUUUCGGAGGAGACAAGAACUCGGUGACCAUAUUCGGAGAAAGUGCCGGUGGGGCCAGUGCCCAUUUUCAUAUGCUGUCGAAAACCAGCCAAGGACUGUUCCACAAAGCGAUUUCGGAAUCGGGAACCGCGCUGGUCCCGUGGGCAGAAGCGCCACCUGGUGAAGCUCUAAGAAACGCAUUCCAGCUGGCCAAGUUCCUGGAUUGUCCGCAGGCUCCAUCAGAAGCCAUGAUCAAAUGUCUUCGCACGAAAGACAGCUAUGACAUCAUUGGCACCGAAUUUCAAUUUUAUGUAUGGGAUUAUGAGCCGAUGACUCCAUUCAAGGCCGUGGUUGAGCCAGAUCUCCCCGGUGCUUUCCUGACUAAAAGUGUUCGCAAAAUAAACGACGUGCCUGCGGUGCCGUGGAUGACUGGUCUGACGAAAGACGAAGGCUGCUUGAAGUCUGCGUGGAUAACCAAUAAUGAAACCAGGCUCAAGGAGUUUAUGUCUGGCUUUGACAUAAUUGCCCCCGUCACAUAUUACUAUGACAACUCUCCAUACGCUGAUGAAAUCACCAAGAAAAUAAAGGAAAAAUAUCUGAAAGAUGAUAGUUUUGAAACUUUGAAAUGGGGAAUUCUGCAGAUGUACACGGAUUCCUAUUUUGCGUACCCGGCUUUGGAAGCGGUGGAGCAAACUCUUAGUUACAGCAAAUCACCGAUAUAUCUUUAUGAACUAGCUUACAGGGCCACCAACAGCUUCUCCGAAAUAUUUGGAGAUCUCGAAGGCGAUUAUGGUGUUUGUCAUGCAGACGAUUUGAUGCACCUUUUCCCUAUACAUUUCUUGUCUAAACAAAUGUCGCCUAAUGACAUUGAAAUGGGUAAACUAAUUAGGAAUAUGUUCACCAACUUUGCUACUAGUGGAAAUCCAAACAAGCCGGUGAGUAUUCCCGCCAAAUGGGAACCAGCUACAAGUGGAAGCAAGAUGGAGUACUUGGAGAUUGGAAGCGAGCAGACCAUGAGGCUAAACCUAGCGUCGCGCUCAAAGUUCUGGGACAACCUGCCAUUAUGGCAUAAUCUACGUAGCCGCAAAUUCAUAGACGAGCUAUGAUUUUCAUUAAUAUUCUAUUAGAAUUUAAUUCACGUUGGCAAGUGAAGGAACCUCCAUAUUAGUAUAAUGUAAUCUGUAAAUACUUAAGUUUAUUUAGAAGUGGUAAGUAAUAUGUACAAUUUAAUAGCUUAUGAUUGAGCAACUUAAUAAGCCUUAGUACUUAUUUUAAAUAUUUUAAUAUUUGUGCUAGUAGGUCUACUAAAACCACCCAAAUGCAUUAUUCAUUUAUUUUUAAUUAUAGUUAUUAAAUAACAUGAUUUAUAUUAUGUAAAUAUUAUUGUGAACAAUAUAUUUCAACUAUCUAGUA